AUGAACCUGGAUGCUUUGUUCCAGCAAAUUCAGCUCACAGAGAAGCAGGCAGGGGAGAAGAGGCGCCUCAUCCAACAAGCUAAGUGCGACAUAAAUAGAAGUUAUGAAAAAAUUAACCAAAUAAAAGAAGAGCUGAGCGCUGCAAAAAUGAAAUUAGAAACGAAGGUUCAGCAUCUGUCUGAAAAACAGUUCUACUUAGAAAUUCUGAAGAAACGUGAAGACAGCUUAGAAAAACAGAAAGCUGAACUUACUAAUAAAAAAACCAAUCUUCUUAAAAACUUUACAGACACAAAGAGAAAAAUGACUGAAGAGGAAGAUAAUUUUACUAGGGAACUAACAGAGUUUAACAAUGAGUAUGGACUAACAAGUAAUAGAGAUCUUCUGAUUAAAAAAAAAGUCAAGACUGAAAUAAAUGAUUUAGAGAAUGAGGCAGCUCUGUUGAAAAAUGAAAUGGAGUCAAUGGAACAUAAAAAUGUUCAGUUAAAUACACUCCAGCUGCAGAAGAGUGAAUUAAAGCAGUAUUUAUUUACCCUCCAAAGCGAACUCAAAGACCUUGAGAAAGUAAUCAAGGAGGCUGAGAGAAAGACAAAAGAUUUAGAAGCAGAAAAAAUCCAAGUCACUGAAAAACCUCAGACUGAUCCUGAAUGUUUACGGCUUAAGAAAGAAUUGGAAAAUUGCAAAGAUCAUGAUUGGGAAAGUAUCUGUGACACUCUUCGAACAGAAAUUGAAAUUCUGCAAAUGAAUCUAUCACAAAAAAAGUCUUCAAACAAGUGA